UAUUUAAAAAUAUAGUGGAAUUAAAGCUUUUUAGGCAAUAUUUUAUUUUACAAAAGGAAAUGCCUUCGUAAAUAAAAUAAAUAGAAGUAGCUCUUACAAUUCGUAUAAGAUUCUAAUUAUAUUUUAAUAUUUUUUCGAUAAACUUUCGAAAAUUAUAAACUUUCCUAAAUUUUAAUAUUACAGUAAACACCAUUAUUCCACAGUUCAGCAAUCAUAAUUCCUAAACUUUAAACAUUAUUUUGCAGCAAUUUGAGGCCAAUGACAGUAAUAUUAUUACCUUUAAAUUUACUUAUUCUCAACUACUAUAACAUAAAAAUUCAUGCAUACAGUACUUUAAUUGAAGGUUUUAAUCUUAAUUUCUUGAUUUGUUUUUCAAUAUUAUUGGUUGCCAGCUUUUAAAAUAUAGUUAUUGAAAUGUAAUUCCCAACUUUUGUUAUAGAAUCCUUCUAAAAUAAAUUUUAUAUAUAGGUGCAUAUAUUACUGUUACAAACUAUUAAAACAUAUACCUUUUCAAUACCUAGAUAUUGUAUUUAUGCAUAUUUGAUAUCCUUUGACAUUCCGCCUUUUGGUAUAUUCAUGUCUGGUUGUUAUUCAAAGAGAAUAAUGCUAUCUUAUGCUUAUAUAACCAUGAUUUCAAAAAAAUUAGUUAGUCUUCAUCGUUAUUUUAAGAAGUUCACAACGUUUUUAACGCGAUAAAAAUGUUUAAUAAAUUUUUAUUAUUAAUUUUGAUAUCUUUUUCUUUGCUUCUCUUAAUAAACAAUGUUAAAUGUUGUCUUCAGUCAACAUACCAAAAUUGUGUUUCUUCAUCAACAAUAUCCUCAGGAAGAUCAGCCUUAAAAGGUCCAUACUGUUCCGGUCAAUUAAUUUUUAAAGAUGACUUUGAUACUUUUGAUUUCGAAAAAUGGCAACACGAAAAUACAUUAGCCGGUGGUGGUAAUUGGGAGUUCCAAUGGUAUACAAACAAUAGAUCUAAUUCAUUUACAAAAGAAGGAAAAUUACAUAUUCGUCCAACAUUAACAUCUGAUGCUUUUGGAGAAGAGUUCUUGACAUCUGGUUUGGCUGAAAUUGCAGGCGGUGCUCCAGCGGAUCAAUGUACAAAUCCAUCAUUUUUCGGAUGUACACGUGUAGGCACAAAAACUCAUGUUAUAAAUCCAGUGCGUAGUGCUCGUAUUCGAACAGUAGAAUCUUUUAAUUUUAAAUAUGGUAGAUUAGAAGUUAGAGCUAAAGUACCAACGGGUGAUUGGCUAUGGCCAGCAAUUUGGUUACUUCCAAAACGUAAUGCUUAUGGAACUUGGCCAGCAUCUGGUGAAAUCGAUUUAUUAGAAUCAAGAGGUAACCGUGAAUUAUACAAUAACGGAGUUAAUAUUGGAGUUGAACAAUAUGGUACAACAUUACAUUAUGGACCCGAUCCUAAUUAUAACGGAUGGAAAUAUGCACAUUUUGUUCAAAAUGCCCGAAAUAAUGAAGGUUUCAAUAAAGAUUUUCACAAAUAUACUUUGGAAUGGACUCCAGAGUAUAUGAAAUUUUAUUUAGAUGAUGUUGAAACCGGAACAUUUAAUGCUGAAGAUGGUUUCUUUAAAAGAGGAAAAUUCCCAGAAAAUAUUGACAAUCCAUGGCAAUAUUCUAAUUCAGGAAUGGCACCAUUUGAUCAAGAAUUUUACAUUAUAAUAAAUUUGGCAGUUGGUGGAACAAAUGGAUAUUUUCCAGAUUCAGCAGAAAAUCCAAAUCCAAAACCAUGGUUAAAUUCUUCACCACACGCAUUAACCGAUUUUUGGGAUGGCCGUUCAAAUUGGUUAUCAACAUGGAAUUAUGAUAAUAAAACAAACAAUGAUCGCGAUUUCCAAAUAGAUUAUGUACGAGUUUACGCUCUAUAAACUAUUUAUGUAGUUUUUGUAACACACAUUAUAAAAAUUUAAUUUACUUUGAAAAUGUCUCGAAAUCAAAAUUAAAAAGUAAAAAUUAAAAGAUUG